UGGUUUAGAAACCCGGCGGAAGGGAAGGAAAUUUGUGCCGGGGGCAGCGGCCGAGUGGAGUCCCUACAGCCAGGCUGGGAUUCUCGCAGAUUACCGGAAAGAGGCCCAUCGCUUCCCAAUGCCGAAGGGAGAAAGACGUAUCUCUUCGGUCCUCCGCUCCUUUUCGUGGUGAGGGAACCUGCCCACUUGGGCGGCGGAAUUAGAGGGAGGCCGAACUCUUUCUCUCCGCCGCAAGGGAUCUGCCGGGGUCGAUCGGGAGCCUCCUGCGGCCAGGCUAGGACGAAGAGUCUUCUGUGGGGAGGGCCACCGGUCCCUUCGCCUUCUGAAGAAAAGCAGCGCUGGAUUACGUGUGUGACAUGACCCCAGCCAUCUCCUGUAAGGAUAAUAGUCGGCAUCGCCGGCCAGGCAACUACCAGAAUGCCCUGGAUGUGAUGCAGAGUAAGCCCGCUCCCCUAGAUUUCUAUGAAGAUGGUGCUGCUGACACGGUCGGAAAAGAUGACCGGGAGGCACUGCUUCAGGAGCCACAUAUCCAGCCUCUGGAGUCUCCCCAAGACUAUAAAGCAGAGUUGGGCAACAUCUUGCUCCUUCUCUUCCUGUAUGUGCUGCAAGGGAUUCCUUUGGGGCUUGCUGGCAGCAUCCCCCUCAUCCUGCAAAGCAAGAAUGUCAGCUACAAGGACCAGGCUUUCUUUAGUUUUGUCUUCUGGCCUUUCAGCCUGAAGUUGCUCUGGGCUCCCUUGGUGGAUGCUGUGUACUUCAAGAGCUUUGGCCGCCGAAAGUCUUGGCUUGUGCCUACUCAAUACAUCAUAGGUCUUUUUAUGAUGUACUUGUCUGUGUGGGUGGAUUCUCUACUUGGGGAAGUCGAUGGCCAAAGCCCAGAUGUGGUGGCCCUUACUGUGACCUUCUUCCUCUUUGAGUUCCUGGCAGCCACUCAGGACAUAGCUGUAGACGGCUGGGCAUUGACUAUGUUAUCGCGUGAAAAUGUGGGCUAUGCAUCCACUUGUAAUUCUGUGGGUCAGACAGCUGGCUACUUUUUGGGAAAUGUCUUGUUCCUGGCUCUUGAAUCAGCCUCCUUCUGCAACAAGUAUUUACGCUUUCAGCCUCAAGCCAAAGGAAUUGUUACGCUUUCAGAUUUCCUGUUUUUCUGGGGUGCUGUUUUUUUAAUUACUACUACCCUGGUUGCACUUUUGAAAAAGGAAAACAAGAAAAUAACACCAUCAAAAGAAGAGACAAAAGGAAUCAUGGAUACAUACAAACUGCUUUUCUCAAUAGUCAGAAUGCCAGCUGUCCUUAUGUUUUGUGGCCUACUCUUAACAGCAAAAGUUGGUUUCUCAGCAGCAGAUGCUGUAACAGGUCUCAAACUAGUAGAAGAAGGUGUGCCUAAGGAACAUUUAGCCCUGCUUGCUGUUCCAAUGGUUCCACUGCAAAUCAUACUGCCCCUGAUCAUCAGCAAAUACACAGCAGGGCCAAAGCCCUUGAAUACAUUUUAUAAAGCUAUGCCAUUCAGGCUACUGUUUGGAUUGGAAUUUGCUCUCCUGUUUUGGUGGACUCCCAAAGUAAAGUAUGAAGGAGGAUUUCCAAUCUAUUACUAUAUCAUAUUAUUGCUGAGUUAUGCCUUACAUCAGGUUACUGUGUACAGCAUGUAUGUUGCGAUUAUGGCUUUCAAUGCCAAAGUUAGUGACCCACUCAUUGGAGGAACAUACAUGACAUUGCUUAACACAGUGUCCAAUCUGGGAGGAAACUGGCCAGCCACAGUAGCUCUUUGGCUUGUGGAUCCACUUACAGUGAAGCAAUGUGUUGGAAUUCAAGGACACAGCUGUGGGACUACAGCUGCUGCAGAACUUUGCUCAAAAGAAGGUGGAUCUUGUGUUAUUACUCUGGAUGGUUAUUAUGUGGAAUCCAUAAUAUGCAUAGUAUUGGGAUUUGCUUGGUGGCUGUUUCUUGGACCCAGAUUGAAAAGGCUGCAGGAUGAAAGACCAGCAUCAUGGAAAUGCGGAAGAACCAGUUAAUGGAACUGAAAUGCCAGAAAAGACUAGCUAAAAUCGCUAUAGCCUUGUCAUAUAACAAAUAUACAAGAGAACAAGUAUCCACAUUUAAAAAAUGGUCAGUUUACACAUGCCAAAUGACUUUACAGAAGCUAAAGUCGUCAAGUACUGUAUGGAUCACUUAAAAAGUUUGCCCUCCUUAUCCAAAAUUACCCUUAAGGUUGUUGUUUU